CUCCUCUGGCCACUGCAUGGGGAGUCAUGUUCCUGAUCCCUUGGGAGAUCCCGACGGAUUCUGCAUUCUGCUGGGAGAGGUCGCUGGCGUGAUGGGUUCGAGGGCAGAGUGGCCGUCGGGGCCCAGGGAUGCACGCACCGCAGGAUGGACUGCGCCGUGUGCCUGGAACCGAUCAGCGAAGGAGACGGGCUCGCCUCUGUCAGGACCGCCUGCGGGCACAGCUUCCACCUCCGAUGCACGCUGAAGUGCCUGGAGCACGGCAGCGCAGACUGCCCACUCUGCCGGCAGCCGCUGGACGCGGAGCUGCACGCUGCCUUCCGGCCGUGGAUGGCGCCUGGCCCGCGCCCUGGGCGCGGCCUGGGGCGGGCGGCCUGGCAGGGCGAGCUCGCGGAGAGCGCGGGGGGGGAGGCCCAGUUCGCGAUGGAGGUCGCGGAGAGCGUGGGGCGGUAUCUGGCCUACGAGGAGCUCGAGGAGUUUGGCAGCCAGGCGGGGGCGCAGCCUCCGCGUGGCGGCCCCGCCCCAGCCUUCUGGGCCAGCGCCUCGCCACCUGGGGCGGCGCCUGGGCGCGGCGCCGCGGGCGCCGCGCCCGCGGCCGACCUCGCAGGCGGCCUCGGGGAGCUCGGCCUCGGCGGCGCCGCGGCGCGCCGCCCGCCGCCGCACCGGCGCGCCGCGCUCGAGCACGCGGCGGCCGCCGCCCUCGCGGCCGCCGCCGCCCUCGCGCGGGAGCUCGAGCUCGAUCGGGCGCGGGGGGGCGCCGAGCUGGAGCUGGCGGCCGCCGCGGCAGCCGCCGAGACGCGGGCCGAGGCGCAGGCCGAGGUGCAGGCCGAGGCGCAGGCCGCGGCAGCGUCGCCCGCGCCGAGGCGAGACGGGGCCCGCGCGCCGGGGCGGCGGAUCACGAACGCGCCGCUGAGGUGGAGCGACGGGCCGCCCGGGCAGUGGGGCGCGUCCGGGUCGCAGCCGGGGCCGCUCCUGUUGCCGGGCCAGGGGCCGCUCCAGCCGCAGGAGGGCCAGCUGCCGCAGCGGGUGCCGGCCGAAGAGGAGGGCAACCUCUCUCUGCACUGGGCGGCGCAGGCCGGUCUCCAGUGA